AAUUUACAACAGACUUAAUAUUUUAUCAUUAUUUUUUCACUAUUUUCAGAGAUACCAUCCCAAAUAAUAUGACAAGAGUUUAUACAGUUGUAUAUAUAUAAGCGCCUCCUGACGAAGCUGUUCAGAUUAUAACCAUACAAAUCGCUUUUUACUAGUUGUGUAUAUGAAGUGGUUUAUAUGUUCAGCAGUAUCUAAAUCGACAAGGUCAUUUUCAUGGAUAUGAGCGGAACAUACUCUGCAACAACAAGUAAUAUUAAAGAGCCACCAGGAAUGAAUAAAUUCAAAAGACCAUACUCGUGUGAGAUAUGUGGCAAGUGUUUUAUGCGGCCCAGUCAUCUGAGUAGGCACGUACGAAUUCAUACAGGAGACAAACCAUAUUUCUGUAAAAUAUGUGCAAAGCGCUUCACACGCUCAAGUGCUGUAAAAAAUCAUAUGAGAACACAUACUGGAGAAAAGCCAUACUCUUGUGAGACAUGUGGCAAAUGUUUCGCUCAAGCUAGUUAUUUAGAUGUCCAUGUGCGUAUUCAUACAAGAGAAAAGCCACAUUUUUGCACAGUUUGUGGAAAAUGCUUUACGUCUCAGGCGACUUUGUUUACACAUAUGCGUAUUCAUACCGGUGAUAAACCGCACUCUUGUGAAAAAUGCGGAAAAAGCUUUGCACAAUCAAGUAGUUUAACAAGCCAUUUGCGUAUUCAUACUGGAGAGAGGCCGUAUUCAUGUAAAAUAUGUGACAGAGGCUUUACACAAUCAAGUUCUUUAAAUAACCAUAUCAGAACGCAUACUGGGGAAAAGCCAUAUUCUUGUGAGAAAUGUGGAAAAUGUUUCACGCAAUCCGGCAAUUUGAAGUGUCAUAUGAGAACUCAUAAUGAAGAGAGGCCACAUUCUUGCAAAAUAUGUGGAAAAAAUUUUGCUCAGUCCUCUACAUUGUCGAAGCAUUUUAAAAUACAUGGUAGAAAAACGACUUAGGGAUGCAGAAUUGUCAAUUUUAAUCUAGUACUCUAAAAUGGAGUAUACCAACCCAUGCUUGUGAACACUUUCAUUUUGGAAACAAACUGUGGAUAUUUGAAACUGGACCAUUGACAGUGUGUUUUGUCAGAAUAAAGUCAGAAGUUAAUAUAUAUUGAUUGAGUGUUUAUUUUAAUCGCAAUAGAUAAAAACAAAUGACAUGUUAACAGUUCAGAAGUAUUCUUUAAUUUAAUUCUUUCCAGAUAACACCAGAUUUUAGGUUAUUUCCUAUCAUCUUAAGUAUUAAUAGAAUAUAUACUUUGUUUCAAAUAUUUUGUGUUAUAUCACAUUUGAUUUAGUUCUUUAAUUAUGUCACUGGAAUUAGAUCUCCUGUCUGUUUUAUAAUAUUAAAAUCUUGUUUCCUUCGUUGUCAAAUAAACUGAUUGAUGAUUUGUUUUUCUUUUGUUUGAAUUUUAUUAUUUGCGAUUAAAUUGAAAUUUUAUCGCUCGUUAGCAUUUUGAUUUUUUUUUAAAUAUUUAAAUUCUCAAACUUUUUGCUUGUCAGUUUUGAUUUUGUUGUUAUAAUGCCAGAUCAUAUGUCAUUUGUUGUGUUGCUCAUUUUAUUUUUAUGGCACAUUUAUUUACCUCGAUACAAACAACCGUUAUGUCCGGGGACACUGGACUGUUUUUACACUGGAGGAUUUGCCUGUUUUUAUUACCUGAUAUUUUUUGAUCAAUAAAUAGACGUUUGAAACA